UUAAUGUUGGCAGCUUGUGUUUUGAAUUUGCAGAAGUUAGCGAAAAUUAAAAGUUCGUAAAAUCUACUUUUUAGGUUUACGUAUGUUAUUAUUGCAUUAUUAUUAAUUUGAUCAAACAAAGUGAAACAAUUUAAUUAAUAAUUGUAUCCCGUAUAAAACUAACUUACAAUAAUGCAUUAUAUACAAAAAUAUUUGGAUAAACUCCAAAUCCCUAAGACAAAUAAUAAACCAAUAAGUAAUGGAUAUAAAACAAAUAUCUUCCUAUAUUGCAAUUAUUAUAGCUUUUAUUCUCAAAAGGUUUUAAUGGCCCUUUAUGAAAAAAAUAUUGAUUUUGAACCUCUAGUAAUAGACAUUACUAAAGGGGAACAGUACUCGCCGUGGUUUCUUGAAAUAAAUCCCCGUGGCGAAAUCCCAGUUCUCAAAGUCAAUAAUUCUAUUAUACCAGAUUCUACCCGAAUUCUAGAUUACCUAGAACUCUACUUAGACCAUGAUAUGCCACCACUGAUUGAGGUAUCUCAGGAUAGCAAAACUUUAGCAACCAUUACUAAGUUUAGAGAACUUAUUGAGGCUCUACCAGCUGGUUUGAUUACAGUGGGAUCAUUUUUUCACCCUCAUCUUUGUGUCAGCCCUAAACUACCUUUUAUUCUACCAGUCAGAGAAGUGCUUAAAAGUGGAGAUUUGAGUAGUUCAAAAAAUCUUAGAAAACUAGCAGAGGAAAAUCCUUCAGCUAAAGGAGUUUUAUUGUAUAAAGCGGAAAUACAAGACAGAAAGCACGAAAUAAUUGCUAAUGAAGAAGAAUAUAUAAAAGUAUUAAAUAUAGUAGAUGAUGUUCUAGGCCAAGUUGAAAUACAACUUAAAACACAAAGUGAAGAUGGUUGGCUUUGUUGUGAAAAAUUUAGUAUAGCAGAUAUAAAUUUGACUGUUCUUCUUCAACGACUUUGGGAACUAGGCUUAGAAGAGAGAUUUUGGAUGAAUGGUAAACGGCCCAACAUAGAGAAUUAUUUUGCCCGUGUUAAAUUACGUGAGUCCUUUAAAAAGACCAUACCUAACUUACCUGUUCAUUUAAAGAUGAUUUUAACAUCACAACCUCCUAUUUAUGUUGGAGCUGCUGGUGCAGUAUCUAUUGGAGUUGUGUUUGCUUUGGCAUAUGUUGUCAAAAAACUUAUCCGUUAACAAUAUUAUUUCAUUCAUGGCUAAAACAAACCAACAGUAUCUAUAUCUAUAAAAUAUUUUUUUGAAUUACUUAUAGGAUCCAAUUAACAUAGACAUAAGCAUAUUUCACUUUCUUUUAAACUUUUUCAUGUAUAUAGUAAUAUAGUAUUUUUUGACUGUAUAAUGAAUACAGGAAAAAGCAAAUGUGAAGAUGAUCAUAUGUAUGAAUUAAAAUUAUUGUAUUUAAAAGCAUUUGGCAUGUAAAUUAGAUGUUGCCAUUGUAUAGAAAUAUAUUAUGAUUUAUAU